AUGACAUCGCCUGGUCAACAAGCUGCCGUUGGAAGGUUUGUCUGGGAUGGCUUCCACAACAACACCGUGGGAAAUGAGAAGCGCGACCACCGUCGCAGCGACGGCUAUCGCUACUGCCUGCCGCUUUCGCAGGAUCGGCGCACUGGCCGUGUGCUCGGCAUCAUGCUCACCACCACAAAGCCCAGCGUCAUCGAAAACCGAAAGCGCAGGCCACUGCCCUCCGUACCGGUGACACGCGAGCAGGAUGGUGCGCCAAAGGAUUGCUUUGCAGAUGUCAUCCACAUCCGUACAGGUGACCUGCAAAGCUGGCGUCCCAAAGCCCCCGUGCGCGCGUCUGUGCUGCAAGCCGCUCGCGAUGAGGCGUGGAAGAUGGUCGCUCGGCUCCACGACACAUCCACCACAGACCACUGCUGGCGCCUUGUCGUUGACACGGAGGCAGCUGGGAAAGGCAGGCUUCAUCACCGCUACGUUGUUGUCUCAAACGAGAGGCUGCACAAGUUUGGUUUCCUGUGGGUCAUGCCAUGGGAUGAUGAGCGCCAGGCCGUCAUCCCCGAGUUUUAUCACUUUGAAACCAAAAGCCGAAAGCUCAGCUUUGGUGCCAUGCGCAAGGUCGACGGACGGCAGCGCUUAGCGGUUCAUCGAACCCUGCAGAGCAUGUUUGGCAUGACACGCGCGCGUGCGUGA